CCCGGCCCCGCCCGCUCCCCCGCGGUACCGCAUUGCCGUAGUGCAGGCGCGCAGUGCGUUGCGCUCUCACCGUCAAUAGGCGGACCCCUCCCGGAGAGAUAAAACCGCCGUUGUCGGCGCCGCCAGUCCCUCUGACUGAGACCUCGGCUCCGGAAGCAUCUCUCAGCACCCUCCCCCCUCCUGAGCCAGAGCACCCCAGGUCCUGCCAGCUCCUCCCCACACACCCAACAGCAUGGGCAAGGAGAAGACCCACAUUAACAUCGUGGUCAUCGGCCAUGUGGACUCAGGGAAGUCCACCACGACAGGCCACCUCAUCUACAAGUGUGGGGGCAUCGACAAGAGGACCAUUGAGAAGUUUGAGAAGGAGGCCGCUGAGAUGGGGAAGGGGUCCUUCAAAUACGCCUGGGUGCUGGACAAACUGAAGGCCGAGCGCGAGCGUGGUAUCACCAUCGAUAUCUCCCUCUGGAAGUUUGAGACCACCAAGUACUAUAUCACCAUCAUUGAUGCCCCUGGCCACCGCGACUUUAUCAAGAACAUGAUCACUGGCACGUCCCAGGCGGACUGUGCGGUGCUGAUAGUGGCAGCAGGUGUGGGCGAGUUCGAGGCUGGCAUCUCCAAGAAUGGGCAGACACGGGAGCAUGCACUGCUGGCCUACACGCUGGGUGUGAAGCAGCUCAUUGUGGGUGUGAACAAGAUGGACUCCACAGAGCCUGCAUACAGUGAGAAGCGCUACGACGAGAUUGUCAAGGAGGUCAGCGCCUACAUCAAGAAGAUUGGCUACAACCCAGCCACUGUGCCCUUCGUGCCCAUCUCAGGCUGGCAUGGAGACAACAUGCUGGAGCCCUCUCCCAAUAUGCCAUGGUUCAAAGGCUGGAAAGUGGAGCGCAAGGAAGGGAAUGCAAGUGGUGUGUCCCUGCUCGAGGCACUGGACACCAUCCUGCCCCCAACACGCCCCACGGACAAGCCCCUGCGCCUGCCACUGCAGGAUGUCUACAAAAUUGGUGGCAUUGGCACUGUGCCGGUGGGCCGAGUAGAGACCGGCAUCCUUCGGCCAGGCAUGGUGGUGACUUUUGCACCUGUGAACAUCACCACGGAAGUGAAGUCAGUGGAGAUGCAUCAUGAGGCGUUGAGUGAAGCACUGCCUGGCGACAAUGUUGGCUUCAAUGUGAAGAAUGUGUCAGUCAAGGACAUCCGCCGGGGCAACGUGUGUGGGGAUAGCAAAUCUGACCCGCCGCAGGAGGCCGCCCAGUUCACCUCCCAGGUCAUCAUCCUGAACCACCCCGGGCAGAUCAGUGCUGGAUACUCUCCAGUUAUUGACUGCCACACGGCGCACAUUGCCUGCAAGUUUGCCGAGCUCAAGGAGAAGAUUGACCGGCGUUCCGGCAAGAAGCUGGAGGACAACCCCAAGUCCCUGAAGUCUGGCGAUGCCGCCAUCGUGGAGAUGGUCCCAGGAAAGCCUAUGUGUGUGGAGAGCUUCUCCCAGUACCCGCCACUCGGCCGCUUCGCCGUGCGUGACAUGAGGCAGACGGUGGCCGUGGGCGUCAUCAAGAACGUGGAGAAGAAGAGCGGCGGCGCCGGCAAGGUCACCAAGUCGGCACAGAAGGCACAGAAGGCGGGCAAGUGAAGCGCGGGCGCCCGCGGCGCGGCCAUGCCCGGCGGCGCCGCGCCCCGCCCCCGGCCCCGCCCCCAGCCCCGGCCCCGCCCCCGCCCGCGGCGCGGCCCCGGCGCCCUGCCCCCCCGCCAGGCGCAUGUCUGCACCUCCGCUUGCGAGAGGCUCUCGGUCCGCGACUGGAUGCUCGCCAUCAAGGUCCAGUGGAAGUUCUUCAAGAGGAAAAGCGCCCCGCCGCCCCAGGCUUCCGCGUCCAGCGCUCGCCGCGCUCAGUGCCCGUUUUACCAAUAAACUGAGCGACCC